CAGACAAAGGUUCCCACCUAAAGUCAUCCUGUUGAGGUUUGUCGUGUUACACACGAGCAACAUCUUGUGAAACGACAACAACGUAACGCUGGAGUUGCCGCUGCAGCUCGUGAAUAAGAUGAGACUACCAUGGCAGACCCUCACACUACACAGGGCACCUGUGAGGAGGGCAUCCUCAGUCCCUGCAGGCAUGUUGAACUUUGUCCCUGCCUGCAGCACCGCAGAUGCACACUCACUGGACCUGCUGCAGGACUUUGUGUCUCGAGCCAGACGCCUGUUUGUCAUCAGCGGGGCAGGCCUCUCCACGGAGUCGGGCAUCCCUGAUUAUCGCUCGGAGGGUGUCGGACUGUACGCACGCACUAGCAGACGACCCAUGCAGCAUGCAGAGUUUGUACGCAGCGCAAAGUCCCGUCAGCGCUACUGGGCCAGAAACUUUGUCGGGUGGACGCAGUUCUCCUGCCACCAGCCAAACUCUGCUCACAGGGUUCUGCAGCAGUGGGAGGAGAGGGGGAAGCUGCACUGGCUGGUCACACAAAAUGUGGACGCUCUUCACUCCAAGGCAGGACAGAAAAGAUUGACUGAGCUCCAUGGAUGUACCCACAGGGUGAUUUGCCUCGGCUGUGGUGCCAUAUCAGCGAGGGAGGAGCUCCAGAGACGAUUCGUAUCGUUAAACCCAGACUGGGGAACUCAGGCAGGCGCUGUGGCUCCGGACGGUGAUGUCUUCUUGGAGGACGAGCAGGUCCUCCACUUCAGGGUUCCCUCCUGUGACGUGUGUGGAGGAAUACUGAAGCCUGAGGUCACGUUCUUUGGAGACAGUGUGAAAAAGGGGACAGUGCAGUUUGUGCACGACAGACUGGCAGAGUCGGACGCGGUGCUCGUCGUGGGGUCUUCGUUACAGGUGUAUUCAGGAUACAGGUUCUUACUGGCAGCGAGUGACAGGAAAAUGCCCGUCGCCAUCGUGAACAUUGGGACAACGAGAGCCGACCACCUGGCUGAGCUGAAGGUGAUCGGCCGCUGUGGUGACGUGCUGUCAGUCAUUCACCCCCUCUGACUGUCAUGGACAAAGUAUUUCAAAUAUUCUGUCCUCAGCUGAUAAAAAUGCUGUUAAAACUACCUCAUUUACCAGGUUACAACUUAAUUGCCAUCAGGAUGAUCUUAUAGACACUUUUUUUAAAUAGAAAAAUGGAGCAAGAGUCAUAUACACAUAACUGCCAGGGGGUUUACCUGCUGCUAAUAUCAAUAUAUAGCAAAAACUCAUGUCUGCACGCACACAAGUUCUGCGGAACUGAAUAUUAAUAUGAUAAAAAACCCUGGUGUUGUCCUGCACCAGGUGGAACCCAGGACCCACUGCACCAGAGUGAGGUCUGACAGUCGCUCUGAGGAUUCACUGUGGUCACUGUAGAAUGUGUUACAUGUCUGAACCACCGGAUUAAACUAGCUGCGAUGAAAACAGUGCAUGUCUUGCAAGUGAUGCGAUGAAGCCUCAACUCUUCUCUACAUUAACAGCAAAUGUUAUGUGGUCACACAAGAUCAAAAGGAAACAUCAAAAGCACAACAGCGUCAGACUGUUUUGCUGAUUAAACACGCAGUUCUCAAAUGUU